CCUAAGUGCAAUGAAUUUAUUGCAGUCGCUCAACAAUACGCUUACCAUGUCCCUUAGCUGUCCUUAGAUCCCUCCAUCACCUCUGAUUCUUCCCUUUACGACGGUGGUAGCAUUCUCCGGUCUCAGGCGCGCUCGCGGUCCCGUUGUACAAACCGCGUAACUACACAUCCUCCCCAGCUGGUGGGCUUCCGCCGUCCGCACCUACGAUCAAUUCAGCGCACCUGCGCCUGCGCCUCACAAGACUGUUUCUGUGGGAAUUUACCAGCGUGAAGCGACGUCUUUCUUCUGAGCAAGCGAUUGAUUGGAUUCCUUCGAGCGUCAAUCAUCACAGAUGGGGUCCGAGAAUCCUCCCGCUGGGAGGCCAAAGGUGCCCGGCUUCACGGAUUCAUUCUGGUCCGCCGACUAUGCUGGAGGGUUGGGGGUACUCUUUCAGAAGCUUCAACAGGGCGUGGUGGAGAACCAGCAAGUGCUCACAAUUGCGAGCAUGAGAGCAGAUGCAGAAGAAAUGUAUAGCGACCGCCUGGGAGAUAUCGCCCCGAGCAUUGAUCGGAUGACGGGCGGGUUUGCAAGAGACGAUGGUGCGAGUACAAGAAAGGCAUACGAGGGCGUCCGAGGCGAGAUGGUCGAGGCCUCCAAAAACCACCGCAAAAUCGCUGACAACAUCCGCGAACUCGUCGUAAACCCCUUCUCGCGAUGGUGCGAUUCACACGCUACACGGAUACAAAAUUCGCAGGACGACCUACAGGCGAAGAUCAAAGCCCACGAUAAGCAAGCAGAAGUGGUCAAGAAGUUAAGAAGCCAGUACUUCAACAAGUGCAGAUUGGUCGAGGAUCUCGAAGAAGAAAACAAGAUGGCAUUCGCCGGGCCAGCUAAGGAGAGUCCUAAGCCACAGAGUCCACCGCCGCCCAAGAUUGUCCUUCCAGAAGAUGAAAUCGAAGACUUACCGGUCGAGAUUGGUGACGAAACUUACCCGCCCGAAAAGCUGAAGUCGCUUCUUACCGAUAUGCUCGAGAAGAUUCCCCUAGGCGAACACAAGGUCCCUAUACUCGGCGUGUAUCAAAAUGUCUCCGCAGGCACGGAUAUCACCGAUUACAUCCAGAAAUACAUGAAGGCAUCGAGCGUCGGGUACGCAGAGAAGAUUGGACAAGAUCUGAUUGAUCGUGGAUUCUUGCGUCUGAUAGGAAACAUGGGCAACACAUUCGCCAAUAGUUCCAGAAUGAAAUAUCAGUGGAAGCCGCGGACUUUCCAAAUAACGGGUGUGCCUGAGAGGAGGAAGCCGUUGAGCAGAUCGACGACAGGGGCGUCGGCAGAUGGACUCUUGGAGUCGCCAACGGUUGGAAAUAUCACCGAGACCUUGCAGAGCUGGAAUCCCUUGAACAACCCGUUUCCCAAUGAGACGCAGGCUGAUCGGCUGAAGCGUGAGGCUCGAGAAGCGGACGAGAAAUACAAAGCCUCCGUUCGGAGACUGGAUCUGUUGAGAUGUAACCUCGAAGAAUCGAUGAUGGAUCAUCUCAAAUUCCUCGAGCGAUGCGAAACAGAUCGUCUGAAAGCCAUCAAGUCUGUGAUCCUGGACUUUUCGGGCGCCAUCAGCAAUAGUAUACCAUCUUUCCAGAGCCAGGUUGACCACAUGAUGCUAUACCAGGAAACUAUCCAGCCGUUGGGAGACUUGCGAUAUCUGCUUGAGAAUUACCGAACAGGCGCAUUCGUCCCCAAAGUCACACCGUACGAAAAUUACUACGGAAGCGUGGACGACCAGACCUUUGGGGUUGACUUGGAAGCCCGAGCGCGAGCGGAUCGGAAGAGAGUGCCUAUCAUUGUCACUUCCAUACUAACAUUCCUCGAUAAUCAUUACCCCGAUUUGGAGGGAGACGAAGCCAGACGGAAUAUAUGGCUUGUGGAUGUUCCUCUGGCAGCUACCCACCACCUGCGCAAUCAAGUCAACAAUGGCGCGCCAGUGGCCCGAGAGAUCCUCGAGAAAUAUGAGAUGCCUAUCAUCGCGAGUGUAUUGAAGUUGUACCUUCUUGAGUUGCCAGAUUCCCUUGUCUCUUCUCAAGUGUACGAGAUCAUCAAGACGAUCUACGCGACGACAUCCGAUGCAAUUCCAAACCCAAUCUCAACCGACUCUGUCGACGCCUUGCCGAGGAUAAAGGUCUUACAAUCUACCCUUGGUCAACUUCGUCUCAACAAUAUUGCCACUCUCGACGCCAUAGCGACACAUUUCACCCGUCUAAUUGACCUGACGUCCGCGGACGAAGCGUAUGUUUCAGCACUUGCCAACGUCCUAGCUCCAUGUAUCUUACGCCCACGGACCGAGAAUUCCCUGACACUAGAAGAGCGCCAUGCAUAUCGCCUGAUCCGUGACCUAUUCGACCAUAAAGAAGCGAUCUUCGGUGAACUCAAGCGGCAAUCAUCCACCCUUUCGGGAUCAAACAGUCUCUCCCACCGCCAGCGUGCCGUCAGCACUACAGAUGAGAGCUCUCGACGAGCGAAUAUGGAAGCUCGCGCACGGGCUAUCACGGAGCAGAGAGAACAGCGACAGCGAGAAAAGUCCCCAGCACCCACGAAUCGACAUAGGCGAGAUAAGAGCACGGAUGGGAGCAUCGGUCGGUUUCCCGUCGUAGCGAGUCCCAGGCCUGAUGGGAGUCAUGGGCGAAGCGUGAGUAGUGUGGGCUUGCCGUCUGCCACGAAACGAGGGAGUCUCGAAGUUCCUGGAAGCAACGAGUCCUCGCCCAUCCAGGCACGGAAUCAGAGUGCCGUAGAGAGGAACGCAACUACCCCACCAACGGCAAGAAACCCUGAGGGUGCAUCCUCAAGCUCAGUCACCACCAACGGCCAAAGCCACGGGCAAGAUCAUAUGCUCUCUUCACCAGAUUCGAUAACAAGUGCGAGCCUGAACCUACCUGGUACAUUUAGUGGAGGAGGGCCGGGCCCGCACAUUCCUCCACCACUAGACGAUGACGAUCAUGAUCAGGAAUCCGAUACUUCCCCUGUUCCUGUAUCUACAGCUUCGAAUGCAGGAUCCCGGCCAGGAUCACUAAAAAGAGUUGCAGCCACGAGCGACCGCAAGCCGGUUGGUGUGUCAAGGUCUGCCGUUUCAGGGAGUCUGAGCCGACGACUUGCCAACUCCGGUGUUAAUAGUGGCGGCCUGAGUGAGGACGCAACUUCGAAUCACCCUACGGCAAGUGGUCAGGCCCACGGCGUCCAGUUGGUUGAUAGGGCUAUGGAUGACUUCUCCUAAUCGAAAUUAUAAUAACGAGACAGCCACGUAUCGUAUGAUGGGAUUGGGGCUUUGAGAAUGUAUACUUGGAAUUUGUCCAGGACGGUCAGUUCAAUGUAACGAGCACGAAGACAUUUUGUGGAUCAGCUACUGCAGCAGGGCGCUGGAUGACUUUCAGCCCACCAUACCGUGGCAGCAAGGCGGGACCCUGUAUCACGAAUAUUCCUUCGAGAGAUCAGAGAAGGAUGAAAGGAGAAACGUUUCUUCAUCAUGAUGGCAACAGUGGGAGCAUGGACGGUGGGGGACACAUUGUAGCGAGGACUCCAUAUUGAGCGAAUGCUACAAAAAUCAGCUUCAUCCCACGUACUCACGAUUACCAUCUCCUCCACAUCAAAGCGUCAGCGUCGAUCCAGCAAGCACUAAGCGUUGCAAUUGUAGCCGUAGUUCUUCU